CGCCAGGUCCGGUGUGAAUGAAUUACUCGGUGGAAAUAGUCGAGGGGAGACUCGGCUUCCUUCUUUGUAAAAUGCCAUUUGGGGCUGUUUGGGGCACUUUGAUCUUUUUUUAGCUGCUCCGGUAUUUUUUUGCUGUGCAUAUAGCACACAGUACUCUGGGACGCCUUUGCUGCGGAGCUUGGGCCGCUCGCCUGGGCCUCCGUGGUCGUGAAGUGGGAGGGGGAAGGGGCUGGCCUAGUUUAGGCUUUUUCCUUUUCCUGGCUCUGUCAUUGCCUAUAUCCAGAGUUAUUGUUUAUUUGUUAUGUGUUCAUUUGUUGUUUAUUGUAUAUAAUCAUGACACAGUAUCCUGAAGCCAUCGAAGGCUGUGUGCCGGUGGAAAGUCUGGGACAGGUUUAAGAAGAGAGAGGUGAGCUGGAGCUGAAGGGGACGGGCACGCAGCCGCACAGGGCAUGUCACCUCUGUGGAGAGUUAAGGCAUGGUCGGGGGCGAAAGGCCCACCAGCCACAGUUAAGAAAAUGCCGUCAUCACCCCUAAACAUCCGUUUUACCCCUCAUAUCCCAUUCACUCUUGACCGAGGUGAGCUGCUCCUAGUGUCCCAUCCAAGGGUGGCAUCUAGAGAGCUGCUGAGGUUCCUGCUCUCCUGGCCUUGUAGACCCAGAGGAUGGCAAUGCAGGCAGGUUCUUUUUGGGUUGUUUCGACCUUACUUUGAAAGAUGGGGGGAGAAAAGUUGAAUCUGAGAAGGUGACUGGUUCAGAUCAUGGACUUGUAAGGUUAGAAGUCAGGUCUGCAGGUUCCCUAGCUAGUGCCUCCAUUUUACCACUGUUAGAUCAAAGUAAGUUUCUUAUGGAAAUAUCCUUUUGAUAAAUUGUAAACAGCUAGAACAGACAAUUUUUAAACAUUUAUCUUGCCUUAAACACCUCAUCCGUUUUUUAGAGGUUUCUUGGAUUAUCUGACCUGAAGGGGUUUAAUGGUGUUAGCAGGUAAAUAGAUGAAUAAAGCCUGAGGAUUUUUUCCCCCGACAACAUUAGUUUUGACAAAUCCAUACUGUUUCUUCCUUUAGAUUACUGCUAUUUGUUAAACUCAUCUUUUCAUGUUUUUAAUUUUUCUGUGUCACAGAACCUAAAUUGGUAAUAAAUCAGUAAGAAACAAAUGUUUACAUUCACUCAGUGAAAAGUAUCAUGUCUAAGUUCAACAUAUAUUGGAGCCACACAUGGACACGUAAGUAUCUCCUGUGUGGAGCUGGAUAGGCAGGUGAAUUCAGGAACUGCAAGGCAGGCUGAGUCUCUCCUGACAUCCUUCUUCCUUCCUUCUUCAGCUCUCCCUCCUCCACUAAGAGCGGAAAAUGAACAAAUUCCAGGUGCCAAAAUUGUGUUUAAAAACCAAAAAAUUGGGAGAGGCUCUAGAAGAUGAUCUCUUCAAGCAGAGAGGAUUCAUCCUUUUCUCUGGAACAAGUGUCAUUCAAGGAUGUAUGUGUGGACUUCACCCAGGAAGAGUGGUAUCUGCUGGACCCUGCUCAGAAGACACUGUACAGAGAUGUGAUCCUGGAAAAUUACAGUAACCUUAUCUCAGUAGGGAAUUGCAUUACUAAGCCAGAAGUGAUCUUCAAGAUAGAGCAAGGAGAAGAGCCCUGGAUAUUAGAAAAGGGCUUCUCAAGCCAGUGCCAUCCAGAAAGGAAAUGGAAAGUUGAUGAUCUGUUAGAGAGCAGCCAGGAGAAUCAAGAUGAACAUUUUUGGCAGCUUUUAUUCAACAACAACAAGACAGUAAAUGUAGAAAGUGGCAGCAGAGUAAGGAAAACUUUCAAUCUGGUCACAGACCCUGUUUCUUCAAGAAAUUUUCCCUAUAAAAUAUGUGACUCAUGUGAAAUGAAUUUGGCAAAUAUUUCAGGCUUAAUUAUUAGUAAAAAGAACUAUUCUGGAAAGAAACCUGGUGAGUUUAAUGUAUAUGAGAAAUUGCUCCUUGACAUUAGGCGUGAGAAAAUUCCUAUUGGAGAGAAAUCUUACAAAUAUGGUCAAAAAAGGAAUAUUCUUAGUCAUUACCAGGAUCUUACUCAGCCAAUUUUUGACCAACCUGUUGAGUAUAAUGAAGAUGGACAUGACUUCCAUAAGGAGGCAGCCUUUUUUACAAAUAAGAGAUCUCAGAUAGGAGAGACACUCUCUAAAUAUAAUGAAUGUGGAGGAACCUUCAUUGAAAGUUUAAAGCCAAGUGUACCUCAAAGAACUCAUUUGGAAAUGGAGCCAUAUGAAUGCAGCAUUUGUGGAAAGUCCUUCUAUAUGGGUUUAAAAUUUGGACAUCAGAGAGCUUUUACAGGGGAUGGUCCUUACGAAUAUAAUGAAUAUGGGGAAAUCUGUGACAAUUCGACUUUCAUUAUCCAUCAGGGAGCUUACUCAAGAAAGAUUCCCCAUGCAUAUAAAGUGAGUGACAAAACUUGGGAAAAAUCAACUCUCUUUAAGCAUCAGAUAGCACACAUGGGGGAAAAACCCUAUGAGUACAAUGAAAAUGGGAAUAAUUUCAGCAAGAAGUCACAUGUCACCCAACUUCGGAGAGCUCACCCAGGAGAAAAGACGUUUGUAUGUGGUGAAUGUGGGAAAACCUUCUGGGAGAAGUCAAACCUCACUCAACAUCAAAGGACACACACAGGAGAGAAGCCCUAUGAGUGUACUGAAUGUGGAAAAGCCUUUUGCCAGAAACCACACCUUACCAACCAUCAGCGAACACAUACAGGAGAAAAGCCGUAUGAAUGUAAGCAAUGUGGAAAAACAUUCUGUGUGAAGUCAAACCUCACUGAACAUCAGAGAACACACACAGGGGAGAAACCUUAUGAAUGUAAUGCAUGUGGAAAAUCCUUCUGCCAUAGGUCAGCCCUAACUGUCCAUCAGAGAACGCACACAGGGGAAAAGCCUUUUAUAUGCAAUGAAUGUGGAAAAUCCUUCUGUGUGAAGUCAAACCUCAUUGUACAUCAGAGAACUCACACAGGGGAGAAACCCUAUAAAUGUAAUGAAUGUGGGAAAACCUUCUGUGAAAAGUCAGCUCUCACUAAACAUCAGAGAACUCACACAGGGGAGAAACCAUACGAGUGUACUGCAUGUGGGAAGACCUUUAGUCAGAGAUCAGUACUUACUAAACAUCAGAGAAUUCACACAAGGGUGAAAGCUCUUUCAACAUCCUGAAUGUUCAGAAGCCUUCAUACACCUGUCAGAUUUGUUGUACAGUUUGAAAAAGUGAGAUUAGAGAAAGCCAAAGAAUGCCAGAAAUUACUAGAAAAUGGUAGCUUUCAAGAAAAAUUAAAACUUUUCAUUAGAUAAUCUGUACUGAGGGGGAAUCUGUUCAUUUAAGUAAUGCAGUAAAAAUCUUUAGUACUUAUUUAGUGUCAUAUUCCAGAUGUGAUACCAAAAUUUUAUUGUAUGUAUAGUGGACAAUAUUCAUGUAUACCAUAUUCACAGUGAGAUCUGAAGCUUAAAAAAUGUUGAAUGGCAGCACCGUUAAACAUAUAUGUGAGGUGUCCCUGAUGUUUGUAGAUCUUACGUGAGAAUGUUAAUAUAACAGGAAUUUGGGGUAUGCUUGAUUUGUAUAUUGGAGCCCAACAUGGUUGUGAGGAGAACCCUUAGUUUAGUAAUUAUGGUAUAAAUAUUUUCCACACUAAAUACCACCAGUGUCUUUAUAUCUUGAAAUAAUUUUAUAUGUGUGUUGACGUAUGUGUGUGCAUGUGUAUAUAUGUAUAUGUGUAAAUAUAUUUGUGCACACAUACUUACACACAUAGUGAUAUGUUAGUAUCACUUUGUAUGACUUAAAAGUGCUGCUGAUUGUUAAAUUUUCAAGAAUUUUGUGAGCCAGUUGCUAAACACAGUCAUUAUUUAAAACUAUGAACUUACAAUUAAAUUAUAUUAAAAACAAAGGUAAUAAAUACUCCGCUAAUUAUUUUGCUGUAUUUCACUAUUAUCUUUGUUGCUGAGGUUUUUAUAUUGUUGAAUCUGUAUGGUGAAAAUACUACACGAGUAUAAUCGUGAGCUGCUGCACAUCUCUGGCCAACUGUACGUUCAGUGCCAUCAUGUUGGUAGCUUGGACUUAGUGGCAGUUACACCUUGGAAAUUGUCAUGAUCUACAAAUCAGGGUUUUUACUCUCUCAGAGAACCUGUUAUCAAAUAUAUACCAGCACAUCACUAUGGAUAUAUGAAAAUACAUUUGACAAAUUUGAAGUACAAAUCACAUACUCUUUUUCUAUUUCCUGACAUUAAUAAAUGGCUGUGGCCAUUGUUGCUGAACUGCCUCUUCCAUAAAGAAGCCAAAAAAUGUUUUUUGUGAGGUUUUUAACUACCUCUGAAUCAGUCCUGUUCUAAAUAGUAUUGGAAUCUCUUUAUAGCAUGGCCCGUAUAUGUUUUAAGAUAAUAUUUCACAAAGAACCACAUCACCUAUCUUUCCUCUGACUGUUUGCUGGCAUGUAUGUGUGAGUACAGCCUUUAUUACUGAACUAGCACUUCAAUAAAGAAGUCAAGUAGUAUUUUUCUGAGGUUUAUCAGCUACCUCUGGGUCAGUCAGUAAUGUAAAUGCUGUUAGUAAGAAUGAUAUUUACAUAAAUUUUGCAAAUGUUAACAUAAGGUAUAAGCAGAAUUGCUGCACUCUAAAAAUAAAAUGUGGUGGUAUGUAACGAAAUGCCCUUUUCAUUGUCUUGGUAUUUCAUUUUGUUACCUACUUAGGCAUAAGAUAUGUAGCCCUAGUUCUGUGUAACCGAGGAACUAUGUAUUUGUAUUUAGUAUUAUAGAAUAUCAUAUUGUAUCUCUGCCUCCUUUGUCCUGUUUCCUGUGCUUCCUUAGAACAGAUUGGUAAGCAGUUCUAAGAGACACUGCCAACGCAACAGCUAUUCCCUACUUCUUCCUUGCUGACCCAAAUUUUGUCUUUUUAUCCUUCCUUCGUCCAGAUGAUUUAGGGGAUGACUCCAAAUUAGUCAAAGGUAAUUAUGGAAAUUCCAUUCUAGUGAUUUUGUUGAGAUGAAUGUGAGCAGUGAGAUGUUUGGGAAAUACUCUGCAGUACUUCUGGGAAAGAUCUCUGUGACAAAAUACUGUCACGACAUGAGAAGAUGUGAGAGACAUGAGAAGAGAGUGCCCUGUUCAGCUGGACUUUAUCGUGUCUGUAUGUGAUACUGGCUUACAGUUUGUGGCCCUGAAGGGCAGUAGCCUAAAGAUGUAUGAGGUGGGAAAAGCCAGUUCAGAGGUGACGUCACUGAGCUGUUCUAUGCUGUACCUGCUCUCUACUGGGACUUUGUAUUACCUGUGAUAGUAAUUGUUUCUUGUUUAUUCUUAGGGCUGUGUGAUACUUAGAGCUGAUGGAAUUCCAGCUGACACAUAGGAACAUGUACCUAUGUGUUAAUGUUCUAUAUGGUGAUUUGAGGGAGGAAUUAUUUCUUUUUACAAGUUGAAAUAGGGGUGGCUGUUUUUGUCAGCAUGGUUCUUUUUGAUGGAAAACAGAGUUCUCCAAAUAAAAAAGGUUUUAGUGAAGACUUGUUACAUUGGUGUGGGCCAGAAACAAGUGGUGUUGAAAUGCCUGCGGAGUGGCAUCAUCAGGAAGCUAUUACUGUUCCGCAAGGGGCAAGGAUGAAAACUGUUACCAGAGCCCAGUGAGAACUGCCCUUGUUGAGGAGGGACCACCUUGUAGGAGAUACUGUCACUACCAAAAUCAUGGCACCAAAUUGCUGGUGCCUCCUUUUGGAAAACCCAACCAGAUGCAUUUGCAGGUGAGCCCAGGUGGGCACAGGGAAGGAUGGGGAGAGUCUGGGUGGGGAAAAUGAAGAAUAAGCAGCACGCACAGUGUUUUUCAUUUUUGUAAAUUCCUAUGUAAAAGGCUCAGUAUUAGAAAUAAAGUUAUUCUACUAGUAGAAAGCUAAACCUUUGUGCUUUGUUGUGGUUUUGUAUCAGCAUAAGUAAAUUUCCUUUGGAACCAAGCACUGUGGCAGAUACAUCUCUCCUUUGAUGUGUAUGAAGCAAACAUUGUGUUAAAAUGCAUUAUUCAUACUCAUCUCUCUGUGGUAUUACUAUUAUAUGUAGUGUGAGGUAAGCAGCUCAAUGUUCUUUUAAAUAAAUUGCCAGUUGUCCUUGCACUUUUUGGUUAAUUCACACUUUUUCUUGUUGAUUUGAUAUGGCAUUUUUACUGUGUACUUAAAUAUAAUAUGUUGCGACUAUU